AGACAACAACUACGAUGGGUUUAUAAAAUCCAGCUUCGUAGCUACCACGCCGACAGAAUCGUAUCUACAGCCGAUCCACUAGCUACGUUGAUUUUAUUAUAUUGUGCUACUAUUUUACCGUUUCUCUUGAUAAAUUGUUCUCCUGGAGUUACUCGAUGUUCACAGGAGUGACAAUUGUUUCUUUUUAUGGUUCAAUUUCUUGAAAUUUUACGGGACUCAGUUACAAACACAGUGCAGCAACAUCAAUUUAUCCUUAGUGUAUCACUUGUGAAAAGACCGUGAACCUGAUUACUAGUGUUAACAGCAAGAUUGGUGUCAAAAUUUUUAGAGAUACUUUGGAAAUCGUCAGAAUUGAAAUCUUGCUGUGGUAAUUCCUGACAUAAUAAACCGGAAGAAACUAUGAUGCUUCACACAAUUGGACGAUUCAUUACGGGAUUACUAUUUCUCGCACUUGUCGCCGGAAGCACAGCUGUACUUGCGAGAGUGGCUUUCGAAAAGUUGACCGAUUUCGACUAUCGUGGAACGACAUAUUACAGUGUGAGGAAUCUCUCGCUGUACGAGUGUCAAGGUUGGUGUAGAGAAGACACUGAAUGCCAAGCUGCAGCAUUUUCGUUCGUCGUGAAUCCGUUGGCACCCAUACAGGAUACCCUCUGUCAAUUACAAAAUGAAACAGCAUCAACUAAUCCUUCUGCCUCACCUCAAAGGGCAGCCAAUAUGUAUUAUAUGACAAAACUUCAAAUACGAUCUGAUAAUGUUUGUUUGCGGCCAUGGUCUUUUGAACGUGUUCCGAAUAAGAUGAUUAGAGGUCUGGACAAUGCCCUCAUAUAUACUUCAACGAAGGAGGCGUGUCUCGCCGCAUGUCUCAACGAACAUCGAUUCACUUGUCGAUCGCUUGAAUACAAUUAUGUAACUCUCCAGUGUCAUUUGAGUGAUUCUGAUAGGAGGACUACGGGACAGUUCGUGCAAUUUGUUGAUGCUCAAGGCGUGGAUUAUUUCGAAAAUUUAUGUCUUAAAGGCAAAGACGCCUGCAAGUCGCAGAGAAGCUUUUUGAGUCCCCGGAUUGGAGUAGCAGAGGAUAAGAUUGCUCAAUAUGCUGGUCUCCACUACUAUACUGACAAAGAGCUGCAGGUACAAACCGAAGCGGCGUGCAGAUCUGCUUGCGAGCUCGAGAAUGAAUUUCUUUGCAGAUCUUAUCUAUAUCGUGGUUCACCAAUAGGUACAGCUUACAACUGUCACCUUUUCCAUCUGGAUCAUUGGACUUUACCCGAUGGUCCCUCGACCUAUCUCAAUGCCGAGAGACCACUCAUCGAUAAUGGCGAUAGGAUUGGCAAUUACUAUGAGAAUUUCUGUGAGAAAGCGGCGGAGUUACCGUUCAUUAUCGACACUACUGAGGAUCCUACAUUGAAUAAUUUCACUAAGAAUGCUGAUGUUAACUGCGAUAAAACCGGAACUUGUUAUGAUGUCAGCGUGGACUGCAAGGAUACACGGAUAGCUGUUCAAGUACGAACAAAUAAACCUUUCAAUGGUCGUAUCUAUGCCCUAGGGCGUUCUGAGACUUGUAACAUCGACGUAAGCAAUAGCGAUCUCUUCCGUCUUGAUCUUACAAUGAGCGGACAGGACUGUAAUACGCAGAGUGUGACUGGAGUAUAUUCGAAUACAGUGGUAUUGCAGCAUCACUCAGUCGUAAUGACAAAGGCCGAUAAGAUAUACAAAGUUAAAUGUACUUACGAUAUGUCUUCAAAGAACAUUACUUUCGGAAUGAUGCCCAUCAGAGAUCCCGAUAUGAUCAGCAUUACCAGUGCACCAGAAGCACCACCGCCAAGGAUUCGAAUUCUCGAUAACCGGGCGCGGGAGGUUGAAACCGUGAGGAUCGGUGAUAAGCUAACUUUCCGAAUUGAAAUCCCAGAGGACACUCCAUAUGGAAUCUUCGCACGAAGUUGCGUGGCUAUGGCCAAAGACUCCAAGAGCACAUUCCAAAUAAUCGACGAUGAAGGAUGCCCAGUGGACCCGUCAAUCUUCCCAAGUUUUACUCCAGAUGGCAACGCACUUCAGUCCAUUUACGAGGCUUUCCGAUUCACUGAGUCCUACGGUGUAAUAUUCCAGUGCAACGUCAAGUACUGUCUCGGUCCCUGUGAGCCGGCUGUUUGUGAAUGGGGUCGUGAAGCAACGGAAUCUUGGGGAAAAAGGAAACGACGAGGCAUUUCGAAUAACACUGAGCAAAAAUCGGAAGAUAUGACAUUGUCGCAGGAGAUUCUAGUAUUAGAUUUUGGUGAUGAAAAACAGUCGGAGUUUCUUAAAAGUGAUUCCAGCGUUGAUUUCAAUGAAUCUGCCGAAACGGUGACCAUCGUUGAACCGUGUCCAUCCAAAGCAUCCAUUCUCACCCUGGGUAUCACUUGUGCUCUUUUGGUUCUUCUUUACGUUUCUACAGUCUUCUGUUACUACACGAGAAAAUGGCUCUCUCCAGGUAAAAUGAUGCCCUGAAAAUCUCGAUCGUUAUGCCAAUCACAACAAAGUGGGCAGACAUGGAUAAUACCAACGAGGAUGAAUUCUAAAUGCCAGAAAGAAAAGCUAACGCAGACUUCACACGGACAUUGCAGUGAUGAUUAACAAAGGAGAAUUAACGAACAUUAGAGAGUACUAGAAUCAUUAACUUGAGAUUAUUUAAGUACAUCUUACAAAAUAUUUGACUGAUUUUUCAUUUCUAAACUUGCUACUUUUGAUUGGGUUGCAAUGAGCAGUAGAAUGCUGAAAAAGCAGGCAUUUCUCCGAAUCCAUUUAUACACCAAUUUAUAAAUAUAUCUAGCAAAUAGAUGGAAUUAAGAUGGGUUUUUAGCCCAAUGAAAGAGGUCGCACAACAUGUGUAAUAGCGAAUUGUAACCCGUAUCAAGACCAGCGAUGCUUGGACGUUUACACUUAACCUAUAUAUCGAUAAUUACUACUACUUUUACCAUUUUCUUUCAUUAAUUUCUUAUUUUAUUAAAUAUUAAUGGAUUUUACAGAUGAAUCGUGAACCGGCAUGUAUAAGUAGAGUUGCGAUUGACAAAAUUGGUAGUUGCAUCGUCCCAUGCUCAUCAUAAUAAUAAGGAUCGAUUGUUUUUCAUCAUUUUUUUUUUACUCAUUUUCUUCCACGAGAGCAGUAAAAGAAAAAAUUCAUCAAUUCGGUUUCUAAAAGUGUAUUACUUCGAUUAUGUGAUUGAGCAUUGCACGAUCGUUAAAGCUGUCAAUUUUUUGCAUAUUUUUGAAAAAUUCUACUAUGACAUAUUUAGAAUAAUUUUUAAAAAUGUUACUGAAGUGAAUAAACAAAGUAUAUGAUU